GGUAUCCAGAUGGCGUUGAUACACUCCGGCUGUUUUGUAUAUACAUAAUUCCACGCAAGUACGAAAAAAUUGUUGACAAACAAGCGCAUGAAUUGAUUUUGCAUCUAAUCAUUAUUAUUUAAUAUAAUUUAGUAACCGUAUAAGACUUUGAUGAGCUCAAAUUUUGAGUGCUCAAGUAGUUUUAACUUUUAAAACUGUAUAAGUUUACGUAAUUAUCAACGAAGACUGUGCUACCAAUGUCUGGGCCAAUGGUUUUAUGUCAACUAUGGAUGGGAGGCCUUGAGCCAUACAUGACAGAAAGUUUUGUUAUGAAUGCAUUUCACAAAAUGGGCGAACAGCCACAAACAGUUAAAGUUAUGAGAAAUCGGUAUACAGGCGAACCAGCUGGUUACUGUUUUGUACAUUUUCCAACUGAUGAAAUGGCACUUGAUGCCAUGCAUAAAUUAAAUGGAAAAAUCAUUCCAGGAUCAAAUCCACAAGUAAGGUUUCGAUUGAAUCACGCCAGCACAACAGGAAAACCUGCAGCAGAGAGGGAAUAUAGCAUUUGGGUUGGAGAUCUUUCAACAGACGUUGAUGAUUAUUCAUUGUACAGAACAUUUGCUGCAAAGUACAAUUCUAUCAGGACAGCUAAGGUAAUAUUGGAUAGUUCAGGCUUCAGCAAAGGUUAUGGUUUUGUUAGAUUUGCCAAUGAAGAUGAACAGAAGGACAGUUUGGUCACCAUGAAUGGGUAUAGAGGUCUUGGAACAAGAUCUUUGAAAAUUUGUAAUGCUGUGCCACGUCCUUGGAACAAAGUGUCAGAUUCAAAUUCUGCUCCAUCAUCCUCUGACUAUGCAUCAGGCAUGUCUUCCGAGUCUUAUAACUACUAUGACACAUCUUCAUACUGGAACAGUUAUAGUGCCUGGCAACAAGGUUAUUAUGAAAGCGAACCAACUUCAGAUGGAUAUAGCAAUUAUACAUCUGAUCGUAAGCCUGAAGAAGAUGAACUAGAACUUAUCGAGCAUUCAAUUCCUGUGGACGUUGACAAGUUAAACAGAGAAAUAAUUGAACAAGAUUACAACCUGUGGGAUGCUUUGGAGAGUUCAAAGUGGAUUCCCUGUGAUACUCUAGAAUUAUGCUAUUGAUAUUGGGAUGCCACAUACACGUAAAAGUCAUUAAUUGUAUGAAUACCCUAAAAGUAAAUGGAAGGGAGAAAUACUUAACAUCGGAAAAACCAGAGACGAAAAAUAACCAGUUCGAAGCUCAAUGCUAAUGUAUAUUUUUCGUCUUCAUUUAAAGCAUAAUUAAUUGCUGCUGUACAAAAAAAUUUAUUUUAAACUUUUCUACUUAUUUCAUUAUUGUUAUCGUCAGUCUCUACGUGUUAUUAUAUACAACUCCCUGAUGAUCAAUAUUUACUUCCAGCUUUUACUUCUCCACUACAUUAUAUGGUAUUUUUCAUCAAUUUAAAUAUGAUGUAUUUAUUCUAUACAUAGCAAGUUUGUACAAUAAAAAUACAAAAUAAUACUGAGAAACUGAUGAUUUCAAAAAUUAUGAAUCAUUGUAGAUUUAGUUAUUUAAGUAUUCAUCUAUAAUAAGUAAUCUGAAGACAUUGCUCAGGAUAAACAUGGUACCAAUAAAAUCUUCUUUAAAUGGUAAA